GCACACGACUGUUGGCAGUUCCAUUGCCAGUGCCAGUGGACAGUGUCAGGCACUGCUACGAGUGGCAAAGUGACAUUUUGAAUUUAUGUGUGGCGUGCAAAGGAAGAAAUCGACUACAGUGCAAGUUAUAAAUACCUAAAAUUGCUGAUAUAAGUAAGCUCGACGGUCGCUUUUUGUCUAUUAAAAUGUGAAAUAAUAAAGAAAGUAAUUAGCUUCAAUAAAUAAUAAAUGAAAAGUUACUAAUUUGCAAGUGGUAAAAGCAAUAAUCGUAAAGAAAAUUGUACGCAUAUAAUUUGCUAUACGGAAAAAUUUCAACGAGUGCGUAAGGAAAAAGGAAGAAAAACGCUACAUAUACACACACACAUAUGUAUAUGUAUUUGUGUGGAUAUAUAAGUAACGUCGUGUGAAAGUUUGUGCUGGCGAAGAGAGCACACAGCAAUUACUUGUGACCCAACCCCGCUGUUUUGUAUAAGAGCCAACAGCAGCAAGAACAACAACAGCACAUGCAACAGCAGCGGCCAUAAAAAUAAAUAUCAAAUAAAAAAAAUGUCUUAAGUGUGCGCACUCAGAGCGCGUGUAUGUAUGUAUGUAGGUAGUUGGUAGGUAAGCGUGCGUCGUGUGUGUGUUUGUUGGCGUUUCGUUUUUUUCGUACGUACAACUACAACUCCGAUAACGCCAGUUCACCAGGCUGACCUUUUUUUGGCUUUUUCUGCCCUCUGUGCACCUUGUAGCGACAGUUGGACGGUCGUUCGGUCGGCGGGCGGUCGUCGUCGUCGUCGUCGCCGUCGUCGUUAAAGCUGUCAUUUGUCGUAUAAACCGUUAUCGAAGCGUGUAGUUCACAUGCAUACCCCUAAUCGUCAUGGUGACUUCGUGUAGGCUUUUUCAUACGAUAUAUAUACACACACACACACAUAAAUGAGAAAAGUGAUUCUAACGGUGAUAAGUAAUUGAAAAGAGGAAUUGAAGUUGUUUUUGUUGCAAUACGCAGUCGCUUUGUUGUAGCAAACUCGUGCAGCGUGCAGUACCGAGGCACCACAAUAAGCCCUAAUCAAUGAAAAAAUGGUAACAAUGACUUCAGAGGUGGACAAAACGCAAACUUCUAUCGUCUUGGCUGCCAAGUCUGCAGCAGCUGCAGAAAGCGGUAGCGCUAGCGCUGCCAGUGCUAAUAGUGCCAUUGGGGCGGAGGAGAUGAGCCAACACCAACGCAUAGCGCACGCUGCUGGUGACAAUGGUGAGGUUGUAGCAGAAGAUGUAGCUCAUGCGGCCAGCAAUAUAACAACAAGCGAUAAUUGUAAUGAGGUGCAAACGAAAAUUGCAACAACAACAACAACAACAACAACAACAACUAAUUCAACAAAUAUCAAGCCUUUGGAGUUAUCAAGUGUUACAAUCUCCAUUGAAUUGGCGAGUGAGGAUGACUCCUCAACAGCUGCGACGCCAGCCGCGGGCGUGCAAGCAACUGUAUGUACAACAAUAACACCGGCCACACCAGUUACGCCGACCACACCGCAAGGAGCAACGCCCAAAACGGUAGCAACUGCGGCUGGCGUAGCGCCAGCACCUACCACACCUACGAAUACGACAAAAGAUAUAACAGCAACACCAACAAUAACACCAAUAACAACACCAAUAUUAACACCAAAAGCUGUAGAAGCAGCAACCACAACACCAAUAAAUGCAACAAAACCCGAAGAAGCAACUGCAAGCGUUGAAAUUACUAAAUGUAACGAAAAUAAUACCGUUACAGCCACCGUUGCAGGCAGCGCUAGCACAAUAAACAAACAAGUUGUUGUUGUUAAAAGUGAGAACAACAGCAACAACAUGAACAAUACAUCAAACACCACAACAUCGGUCACAACAGUGAGCAUAGCAACUACUGUCACCAGCACAACCAGCAAAACAAUAGCAUCCACCAAUAACACCAACAACACUACCACCACCACAUCAUCAUCACACUCAUCAUCCUCAACGCCAAAGGUGAAUUUCAGCUUAAAUAGCGCCACCAACAGCACCACAAGCAAUAGCACGUGUACCUCGAGCACGAACAGCACCAGCAGUGUGACCAGCAUAUCUACACCGGCUGCCGUGGGUGGCAUCACUGGUAAUGGCAGCGGCAGUGGCCAUAGUGGUUUGGAUGUGAGCAACAGUCAUUAUCAUUAUCAUCAACAUCAGCAACAACAAGGCAGCCAGCAUGGCAAAUCGUCGGCCAACAGUGGCAGCGGCGGCGGUGCGGAUGGCUCACACACAGCGCUGCCCGGAGCGAAGCCUUCACUCACCAGUGGCGCCAUUCUAAAUCACCCACAACAGCGUCGCAACGAAGAUGCACCCAAUAUACUUGUCUACAAAAAGAUGGAGGCAAUUAUUGAGAAGAUGCAGGCGGAAUCCACCGGUGUGGCAGUGCGUACAGUCAAAGCGUUUAUGAGCAAAGUCCCCUCGGUCUUUACUGGCGCCGAUUUGGUAGCUUGGAUAUUAAAGAACUUGGAUGUUGAAGAUGUGACAGAAGCGCUGCAUUUUGCGCAUUUGCUUGCCUCGCACGGCUACAUUUUCCCCAUCGAUGAUCAUCAGUUGACGGUGAAAAACGAUGGCACCUUUUAUAGAUUUCAAACACCCUACUUUUGGCCAUCAAAUUGUUGGGAGCCGGAAAAUACAGAUUACGCAGUGUAUCUGUGCAAACGCACCAUGCAGAAUAAAACGCGACUGGAAUUGGCUGAUUAUGAGGCGGAGAACUUAGCUAAGCUACAAAAGAUGUUCUCACGCAAAUGGGAAUUUAUAUUCAUGCAGGCGGAGUCACAAAGCAAAGUGGCCAAGAAACGUGAUAAGCUCGAAUGCAAAGUGCUGGAUUCGCAGGAACGCGCCUUCUGGGAUGUGCACCGUCCAAUGCCCGGCUGUGUGAAUACCACCGAAAUCGAUAUUAAGAAAGCAUAUCGACGUGGUGGACACGGUUCCGGCACUUCUGGUGGUGCGGUGGCCAAGAAUCCCGUUGAACAGGUGACACGUGUCAUUGGUUUGCGCAAACAAAAACUCGAGCGACGCACCAUAAAGGUGUCAAAGGCAGCCGAAGCUUUGGUCGCCUACUACGAGCAAUACAAUGAAUUUGAUUACUUUAUCACAUCACCGGAGUUGCCAAAUCCUUGGCAAACAGACAGUACUGAAAUGUGGGAUGCGGAACGUAACUCCAAAGAAGUACCGCUGCGUCAUGUGAAGCGUUGGGGCUUCAGUUUACGUGAGCUACUAAACGAUCCGGUUGGACGUGAACAAUUCACGAAAUUUCUCGAAAAAGAGUACAGUGGCGAGAACUUAAAAUUUUGGGAGUCCGUGCAACAGAUGAAAACACUACCACAAUCGGAAAUCAAAGAAGCAAUACACAAAAUCUGGCAGGAGUUUCUCGCACCCGAUGCACCCUGUCCGGUGAAUGUGGAUUCGAAAUCGGUAGAAUUGGCGCGUGAGGCUGUCAAUGCUGUUAAUGGUCCAAAUCGCUGGUGUUUCGACGUAGCCGCCGCGCAUGUCUAUCAUCUCAUGAAGAGCGAUUCAUAUUCGCGUUACUUGCGCUCGGAUAUGUAUAAAGAUUAUUUGAAUUGUUCGCGUAAGAAAAUCAAAUCAAUACCAAAUUUGUUUGGUGUGAAGCGUUAGGCGGUUGCUGAAAAUGAUAGCAUACAUUUGUGCGCGCAGAAAAUUUAAUUGUUUAACUACUAAUGUGCUUUAUACCGUCACACACAGCUUGUUAUGUUUUUUAUUAUAAGUAUGCAGCUUAGAAAAGCUUUGGAUUAUUGAUAAAGAAAAAUAGAAUUGAAUAGCUUGUUUGUGGUUGAAAAUAUUUUUUGUUGUUAAUAAUACUUCACUAUUUAUAUAUUUUUAUAUAGAGACUUAACAUUUAACGCUCGCAGCAGAAACUACACAAAUUUAGUUAUUUUUAUAAUAUGUGACAUUAACUGGUUAAAGCGCUUAUUACAACACAUAUUUCUGUUAUAGUGUCGAAAGACGCUUUUGGUAUAGUUUUUCAAUGAAAUGAAAAUGAAGAAAAGGGUGAAUUAAUAGGCAUAUUUGUUAAACUAAAUAAAGUGAAACUAUAAAAGUAAAAUAAUUUAGGCAAAUUGUAAUAACUUAUGGAAAAUGCAUAGAUAUAUAUAUAUAUAUGUACAUCAUUUCCGGCAUGACACUUUCGCCCCCCUCCCCCUCCUCAGAAAGUCAUCACAAAUACUAUUAUCACAAUAACAAAUUAGCUGAAUUUGGUUGGUUGGUUGGUAGUCGCAUGAAUAAAUACAUAUACAUAUUACAUGAUUAAUUGUUUGAUGAUGAAAUACACUAAGUACAUAAGUUUGUACAUAAGAUACAUAUAUAAAUAUACAUAGAGUUAUAGCAUAUAUUGUAUGUCUAAAUGUUAAUUGUACUAAUGGUAUGUAAUUUAAAACAGCAUAUACAUACAUAUUAAAAAAUGUUCAAUGUUUUGAGCAUUUUCAAGAAUAAACU